UGGACAAAGAGACUGGACACUAAAUGUGGACAAGCAAAGAAAACCUGUACUCUUCUUAGGAAAACUGUAUUUUGCUUUGUGUAAACCACUGCCAGCAGCUGGUUAAGGGAAAUCCACCACGCUGGUUAAGCUCAUCCCCUCAUGGAGAACAUCACAGAUAUAAUCAGCAAAUGGUCCUAUGGGCCAAAAAUGCCAUUCAGCACAACAAGAUCGGGGGUUGUAGGAAACCCUAAAUUGCAAGCAGGGAUUCUCCUAUUCACCUCUCUGCUGGGCCUUGUUACCUAUAUCGGUGUCUUCCGGUACCAACGAAGAGCACUCAGUCUUCUUAAAAGAAGCUUCAUUAUGUGCUUCUCGUGUGAGCACAUGAAGCUUCGAGGUGCUCAAAACAUCCACGUCUCUCUUUUCGCUCUGAUUUUUAUCGAUGUUCUAAAUGUGAUUGGAGCAAUGAUCUUUGGAGGAGAGCUUGCUGCGUCUGCCUGCUUGUAUGGAAAUACAUGUCAGUACACUUUUGAGCUGUGGGUCUUUUCAAGAUGGUUCGAAAUGAUUGUACACCUCCUAACUGCCUUUAUAUCCCUCCUUUACCUCUGCCAACCACAGCUGGGAGCCAAACUACGCGGUGUUUUCUCUGUGGUGUCUUUACUCCUUUGUGUUUUUUAUUAUAGUUUUCGUGUCUUCAGCAGAGUAGCACUAUAUAUGAUAAAUGCUGUCACCAUUUUAUUGGCCAUGGGCAUCACUGCAACACUUAAAGUGCCACCUGUGUCCCACUCUACUGCCACAAACAAAAAACUGAUUGUGAUUCUUGCAAUGUGCAUGUUUUUUGUUGUCUUCUUCCCCGGUUUUGUUUUUGAGUGCCUAAUCGACAGUCAAGGCCCCUCUGAGCAGUAUAGCAUAAUUGCGCUAAAUUUUUUCUUUUUCACAAACUUCCAAGUCUGUCUCGAUGGACUCCUGUGCUGCGUAAUUCUGAAACUGUCUGCUGAAGAAGGUGUAGUAGAAGACGAACCACAGCAAUGGGAAUUACAACAACAAGAGCAGCAGCAACCACCAACAACAGACUUAAAUUAUUCAAGCAACAUAUAUGCAGUUACUGCAUAACAGGAAUCAAGUCUCUGCACCAUGAAGUUUGCUAUGAUUCAUCAUCACAAGGUCACGGUGACUGAAUCACAAUUUUGAACUGAUCUACCUUUAAUAUUUGUGAACACUAAAAUCAGCUUCAUGUCAUUUGAUUUGAUUUUGUUUGUUGAAGAUGGACUUUUGUAAAAGCUAAUUUUAAGCAGUUUUUUAGUAGAUGGUCAUAAAUCUUAUAAGUGGAUGGAGUACAGAUAAAAUCAGACAUUGU